AGCAGUCGGCGGUUACGUUGUCUCGGUUAGUCCGCUGAUUAGCAACAAACAGAAGGUUACGAGUUUGAACAUUUUGAAAUAUUUGCCUACUAGGCUGGCUUUGGGGCAACAAGAGCGGGGUGAACUAUGUCGGGUCGUUCAACUGGCGAUGCUGAGCCGAUAGCUGCGUCAUCAUGUUGCUUCCGACUCGAGUUGGCGAAAAGAAAUCUCAAGUUAACGCCGGAGGUGAGGCUGCCCGCCGUCAUCCUGCCCCAGAGGCCACUCCCGACCGACCCCAGAAAUAAAUUGAUGGAAGACGGACUGCCGGCGUGAGAGGUUGGCGGCGAAGCCCGGUUACGUAGUCGUAGUGGUGACUUUACAUCACUUGGCUCGAUACUCUCCCGGCUCCCCAUAUUAUCCACUCAUACGCAUCUGGGACAUUUUCUGUUUGAUGUUGCCUAAUUUUUAGAGGCCGCUCAUACAUCUGAUCAUAAGUGCUACAAACAGGAAGUGUGACUUAACCAUUUAUAUUUUAGGGAUGUUGGUCUUCAAGUGUUUGGAGAAGUGAUGCUCUCAUUGACAGCUAGGAUACAAGGCAGGGGCGUCCAAUGAAAUGCUGCUGAUUCCCAUCUGACUUUGUCUCCUAGACUGUACUAGACUGUUAGGAGGGGUUGCAUUGUUCAGGUCCUGCUGUCAUCACACUCACGUGGACAGUGUUUUCAGGGUGAGCGUUGCCUGAGAGGUGUGUUUUUGGUUACUACGAGGAGGAAACGAGCUGUUGUCUCCUAAGACUUUGGGGGAAAAAAAAAAGUUGUGUCUUUUUAAAUUUGGAGCAUAAGCACGGUUCAAAAUGGCCCGCGACUGCACCCACUCCCCCGGAGAGCGACCCGGGUUCUCCAGAGGAUGCGGGCCCGCCCCGCGGUGGUCGCCCAACUUCGAGGUGAUUGACGGGCAGCUGUACCGCAAGAAGCUGGAAAAGGGCUACAUCAACUACCGGGAGGUUUUGAACGAGGACCGGAGACACGAGGCCGUCUCCACCUUCCACCUGCGACGACCUGGCCAGAGACACCACUCCCUGGAGGAGACCUACAAAUGUGUGGCUGAGAACUACUGGUGGGAUGGGAUGUACUUCCAGAUCAGAGACUUUGUCCUCGCCUGUCCCGAGUGUCAAAGUCAGCGCAGCAAGAAAUCAAAGGCGCCGGGCGGCAGAGGAUGCGUCACCAAGACCGUGGCGUCGAACGCCGCCGACGUGCUGAGUAAGCUGAGGAGCCAGCGGGAGGCGGGGCUCUUCUGCGACAUCACCCUGCGCACCGGCGGCCGAUCCUUCUCGGCGCACAGAGCCGUGCUGGCGGCCGUCAGCGAUCACUUUCAGGAAAUCUUAACAGAAAUGGACUCGAGCAUGAAAGCAGACAUAGAUCUCACUGGUUUUAGUGAAGACAGCCUUCUGUCUCUGCUGGAUUUCUCCUACUCCUCCACCCUGUGCGUCCGCCAGGAGGACCUGCCCGAAGUCAUCACCAUGGCCCGCCACCUGGGCAUGUGGCCUGCGGUGGAAGCCUGUUCCGCCCUCAUUAAGGAGCAGGAAGAGAGACUCCACCCUGGAAAAGGCUUCACCUCAGCCUGUGCCGCUUCGUUUCACGAGCGUCAUCACCGGCAGAAGAACGGCAAAGGGGGUUUGGGCCGAGGGGAGAACAUGAACAGCAGCUUCAAUCUGACACUGGACGCGUCCGACGAGUCUUUUGAAGGAAGUCCCAGCCGCAACUUGCGCAGGAUGUCGAGACCCCAGAGCCAUAACGGCCUCCCUCUGAGUCCCUCAAACAGGAUGAAGCUCAUGGACUUCAAGUCUCCCUCUUCCAAAAAGGCCGCCACGCCCCGACAUGCCAUGGCCGCCCCACAGUCGAAGAACUACUCGCCCAUAUCUCCGUCGAACGCUCGUCUCCUCCGCUCGACUCCCGGAGCCGCCAAGCAGGUUGAGAGGCUGCUGCCCAUGACGGAGACCCCUCGACGGAACAGGAAAUCUCACCCUGUCAGAACGAGGCCCAGCCCCGUGUGCAGCCCUGUGAGAGUCAAGCAGGAAGUGGAAGAGGUUGGAGAGGAUGAAGAGGAUUUUGCCAGAGCACAGGAAAAGUACAAGCUGAUGAGCGUGUUAGGGCUGCAGAGGACUGCUCUCCUGCCCAGACCAGAAGAUCUGAUUGGUUGGAGACAAAAGAAACGUCUGAGGAAGCUGAAAGCCAACAACUAUUCGUUGACCAAGCGGCGGAAACCCCGUUCGUCAUCUCCAGUGCUACCUUACGGUGAUGUGACUCUGACGCUUCCCCUCUGUAAUACCAUCAACACUCACCUCCUCAACAAGUCUGUAAAAACCAAGCCCGUGGGCCCCGUGAGCGCACAGCGAGCCACGGCUAAGAGGCAAAAAACCACCCAGAAGCUUAUUCCUCCCAGUGACAGGAGCAUGCGAAGUAAAGGCGUGUUGCCUGACUUGUUCCAGCCUGCAUCCAGAGCCUCCUUUGGGGGGAGGGAGCUCAGGCGAUCUGUGAGAAAGGGCGACGGUUCCCACUUUUACAUCCAGCAGCCUUUGCGACGCAGCGCCAACAAGAACCUUGCGAGAAGCGCAGUCAGGAUCAAGUCAGAACCAGCUGAAUACUCUAUCUCAGGUCUUCGACACUCAUCGAACAGCCGCAGCGGCCACACGCCGCAGACGUCCCCGCCUUCGCCGAGGGCGCAGGGCAGACACAAGGGCAGCGUGGAGAAGGUCAAAACGCUGCGCUACAACAGUGGCCGACCUGCCACAAAGGGCAAAUUCAGGCGGGGCUCCGCGAGAGAGAUGGAGAAGGCGAAGCUUGACCCCAGAGAGGAGGGGAGGAAGGUGGGGACCCAGGCGCUAAAGGGCGUAAUGGACGCGAGACCAAAUGUAAAGGACAUUGAACCUGACGGGCUUCAGUUUCCAGAGCACUCGCCUCCACCGUCCAUCUACAACCACCCUCUGUACAAAGUCAUCAAAGAGGAGCCGGCGGAUCCCGUGCCUGUCGGGGUACCUUUCAACGAUCCUCCAUCACCGGACCUGGGCAAACGCCAAAGCAAACCCCCCAUCAAAUUACUGGACUCCGGUUUUCUGUUCAGCUUCUGUCGGCCCGCGGGGGGGCCCAUGACGGGGGUGAAGAAGGAGGAGGAGAGCGUGGACAUCUGCCUGACGCGCUCCGUGUCGCAGGUCGGCGAGAAGUUCGAAGCGAAGGAGUCCCCGCACAGGAUACUGAGAGCCAGAGGGCCGCCCAUCCUGCCCGUGGUGAAGAGGGAGAGGGAGGAGAGGAGAGUCAGCCGAGGCGCAACUCGGAGACCCAAGCCAAACACCCAGAACACUACUCUGCACCUGUCCAAACGCGCUGCUUCAAAAAACACACGGACCACGCCAAAGCAACAGGAUAAACUCCUUGCUCUGAACAGCAGAAGCUGUGCCAUGCUGGAUGCCAUACGUCGAGCGCGGCUAAAGCAGCUUCGCGGGCCUCGGAGUCAAGCCCCCAAAGUCCCAAAGGCGGCGCACGCCUGUCCGCAGUGCACAACCUCCUACAAGGACUGCGAUGCUCUGAUCAUGCAUCGGCUCAGGCACAUCGAGGGCAAACACUGGCCGUGUCCGCUCUGCAGCAAGACGUUCUUUCUACUGAGGAAUGUACGGAGCCACAUCCGCACCCAUGACCCCAAAUUGUACAAAUGCCGGAGCUGCAUCGUCGCCGGGUCCUGAGGCGGCUGCAGGCUCCGCUCAAGCACUGAGACUGAGGAUCAAGGCUGACGCCGGAGGCGCCUGAUCGAUCAGCAGCUUGUACAUAAAGCAUCCGUCACACACAAGCACAACGGACAUGUGGGGAGGGGAGAACUACUCUGGAGUCUAAUCGUUGCCGUUGUCGGUGAUCUCUAAUGUUAUUUAAAUAACCAAACCAAGGUUGCCGUUCCUGUUUGCUUUUCCGUAGCUACAGAAGGUUAAACUUGAACAUUACACUCAGGGGAGGGGCGGGGGAUUGCGAUGCCACGGUAUAAAAGUGAUUUCAACAUCACGGUUGUGUACAAAAAUGAAAUGUAAAGUGAUCGUCAUAACUAUCACUGCUACUUAUUGUUAUCUUUAUUUUUCUAUGUAUAGAAAAAUUUUGAGUGCACUUAUAAAUAUAGCUUACGUCGUAAACCUAAGAAGUGGUAAUGUAAUUGAAGGUUCGGGGUCCCGGCGGGAAUACUUGAAGAGAUGCAAGUGCUGGAGGGGAAUACUUGAAGUUGGGUGGUGGUCUUAAGAAUGAGCCUGUCCUUUGAGUGUUUCAGUGGGUCUUUCUCCUUUUUCGGUGUGCUAACUUUGAAAUGACUCGACUCGUCUUUUCGUAUUGAUCUGCUACUCACGCCCAGUCCACGUCUCGUGGGGCGCUACGGCGACGCCACCGCAUGUGUAUUUGCAGGCCAUUUGUAGUCCACCGUCUUUUCUAAGGCUGCCAAUUUUAAAAAGGGAAACCUGUCUCGUUUUUAAUGUGAAUUUCUGAAUUGCAAAAUCAACGCAACUGAGUCAUUGCAUUUUUACAUUUUAUUGAUCUCGACUUCCACUUUAACCCGGGACAAGCCGCUCGGUCUUGGUCUGCUUCAACUUCUCCUACUGAUUAAAUGCAAUGUGUGCACAUACAGAGAUGUUUAUGUUUCACAAAUUGAUUUUAGAAAGAAAUGAUCUGUCUCUCGCUGUCUGUCAGAAGACUGAAUAAAUUUUUGCCUUUUA